AUGGCCUCCACAGAAAUCAAUAAUGUCAAUCUUGACAGUGACAUUGACUUUAUAAAGACUCCAGCACCCAAGCCUUCAGCUUUCGGAACAAAUGAAAGCUGUGAAAUCCCACUGACAAAUUCCCCAGCCAUUCACAAUGCUCCUCUACCGGCCGAAGGGGCUGGCAAUGAGAGCUUUUCCAAUCGCCUGUUGAUCGGUGCUCUCGUGGGAGUUCCAGCUCUCCUGGCCUACGGGUUGGGUGGAGGUGUGAAAACGACAAUUUUCUUCGGCCUACUUACCAGCUUACCUGUUCUGAUUGGUUACUGGGCCUGGAAAUCAACCUCUAGUCCUCGCACCAAUGACAACGUCAAAUUGCCGGGUCGACCCAUCGAACACUAUGUGACGUUCAAAAACGAGGCAGACCGUGCCAAAUGGCAUGGAAGAAACCGCAUCCCCAUGCAAACCUUCUGUGAAAUGUAUCUGAACGGCGCGGUUGAUUUCAACGGAGAUUGUCUUGACAUCCUGGAAUAUCGGCACGAUUGGGCACAUUUCGGAUUUACCUGGGAUCUCUUCAAAUACAUUUUCCUAACCUUUGCAAGGGACGUUUUGUUCCAUACGAAGUCCCAAGAUGAAGAGCAGAUCCGUCCAAACUACGACCGCGGCAACGAUCACUAUGCCUGGUUCCUCGGUCCUCGCAUGAUCUACACCUCCGGCAUAAUUUCUGACACAGAGCGGGAAGAGACUCUGGAAGAAAUGCAGGAUAACAAGAUGGCGAUUGUAUGCGAAAAGCUCGCACUCAAACAAGGGGAAACUAUGCUGGACAUCGGCUGUGGGUGGGGAACAUUGGCUAAGUUCGCGAGCCUCAACUAUGGAGCAAAUGUGACAGGCCUCACUAUUGCGCGCCACCAGACCGCAUGGGGAAAUGAUGCUCUCCAAAAGGCCGGUAUCCCCGAAUCCCAAAGCCGUAUUCUUUGCAUGGACUACCGCGACAUUCCUCAUAUGAAGUAUGAUAAGAUCACGCAGCUGGAAAUGGGCGAGCAUGUUGGCAUCCGUAAAUUGACUGGCUUCUUCCGCCAAUGCUAUGAUAUGCUGAAAGAUGACGGUGCCAUGUAUGUGCAGCUGUCCGGUCUCCGGCAAGCAUGGCAGUAUGAGGACUUUAUCUGGGGUUUGUAUUUGAAUAAAUACAUUUUCCGUGGUGCCGACGCCUCCACCCCUCUUUGGAAUUACGUCAGAUCAUUGGAGCGAGCUGGAUUCGAAAUCAAAGGUGUUGAUACCGUUGGGGUUCACUAUUCUGGAACACUUUGGAGAUGGUAUCGUAACUGGCUUGGCAACAUCCAUACUAUCAACGCUAAGUAUGGUCAGCGGUGGUUUAGAAUUUGGGAACUCUUUCUUGCCUGGUCAGUUAUCGCUUCUCGUCAAGGGAGUGCUACUUGUUUCCAAAUCCUGGUGGUCAAGAAUUUGAACGCCACGCACCGUGUCAAUGGAAUCGCAUCCCAGUUUGGCUUGUCUGCUGCCCUUGAGUCUAGCAGAAAGGCUGGAAAGUCGAAGUUGCAGGCGGUAUGA